GAAGAGCUCGGUCCCUGCGACGAGGGCGGGUCUCGCAUUUGGAUGCCGUGCGAUGCUCGAUCACCGGUGCAAGCGGGCGGACGGACACUGGGGCUGCUCUGCGUCGGGCGUGCGAUGCACUGACCAAACCUUCACUACAUAGGGGUUAUUUAUGAGCUAGUGUGCGAGCGUCGGGUGGGAUCGGCUCAGCAUCAUCCCUGAUGUGAGUACAGCGGAAUUUAAGGAUGGAUACACGGGCCACACCUGUGCGCCAGCUGCGUAACCCGCGGACCUGUUGGAGACCACCGGGCACAGACUCACAGCUCUGGGCAGCAGACAGCCCAGCGAUGGCGCUGUGACCACCGGGUUCGACAAAGACCUUAUGGGGCCCUUUGCGCAUCAACGCGCCCGCUGGAUUAUCAUAGCUUCUGGAUUCUGUUCGGACCGGCCUUAUACUGACUGGACCGAACCUUCCGCCUUCUCUCAGUGUGUGUGAGUGUGAUUUUGAGACAAAGACCGUGCGCGCACCGCUGAAACCCACGCGCUAUGGAUGCGGUUCGGCUGGACGGGCUCGACCCACCGGCGGAGAACGGCAAUGUGUCGCAGCCCGAACCGCCCAAGCGGCUCUCGCAGGUGGACACGGUGGUUCUGCCCUUCCUCGGGGGGUUCGGGAGGUAUCAGCGGCGCCUGGUGGCCCUGACUUGGAUCCCGGCGUUCCUCAUCUCGUUCAUCCAGUUUUCGGAUCACUUUCUGCUCGGCCAGCCGGACAGGAAGUGCGUCCGCCCGGAUCAGGGCAGCGCGGGGAACGGGACGGGCUCGGAUCGGGAUUUAUUCUUGGAUCUGAUCGCGAACGGGAGCGACGCCACCGAGAACAGCUACGUUACGGCGUGUAUGUGCUCGGAGUGGCGCUUUGAGCUGCAGUCGGGACUGCAGCAGAAUGUGGUCACCAAGUGGACGCUGGUGUGUGACGGAGAGUGGAAGGUUCACAUCGCCAAGUUCUCUCUGCUGGUCGGCUCCAUUUUUGGCUACCUGCUGAUGGGAGCGAUGGCAGACUGGUUGGGCCGUAUCCCAGUGCUGCUGGUGUCCGUGCUGUCCGUGCUGGUGUUCGGGUUAGCCGUGGCGUUUUCCGUGGAUAUGGCCAUGUUCAGCACACUGCGCUUCUUUGAAGGUUUCUGUCUGGCGGCCAUCAGACUGUCCCUUUAUGUCCUGAGGAUUGAGUUGUGUUUGCCCAAAUGGCGUUUCUCCAUGACCAUGAUCGCCAGUCUGAUCAUCGUGGGCGGGCAGCUGCUGAUGCCCGGUUUGGCGGCGCUGUGCCGUGAUUGGCAGAUUCUUCAGAUCGCGAUCAUCGCUCCUUUUGUGCUUAUGCUGCCGUAUGUCUGGAUGUUUCCCGAGUCUCUGCGCUGGUUGUUGGCCACUCAACAUUACCAAAGAGCCAAGCGACAAAUGUACCGAAUCGCCCAGAGCAACAGCGUCGACACAGCAACCGACCCCAGUGGCAUCCUCUCAGAGCUGGAGACGGAACUGCAGCAGAAGCCAAAGACGUCCUGCGUAACGCAGCUGACCGGCACCCGAAACCUGUGGAAGAACACCGUGGUCCUGUGCGUGAACUCGUUGACGGGCUACGGCAUCCAUCACUGUUUUGCUCGCAGUGUUCUGGAAGGCAGCGAAUCUCAUCUGAAUUACUACGCAGUGGCUGCCAUCGCAUUCGCCUCCUGUAUUGUGGUGUGUCCUGUGGUGGGCGGCUUUGGCAGGAGAGGAGGCCUGCUUACCUUCAUGAUCAUUACAGCCUUGGCAUCGCUGCUGCAGCUGGGUCUGCUCAACCUAAUCGGGAAGUACAGUCUUCGGCACGAUGCAGUUCUGCGAGACACCCUGAAUCGGCGCUUCUCGUACGCGUUCUCCAUCAUCGGGAUGUUCUCGUCUCAUGCUGUCAGCACACUCAGCAUCUUUUACUGCGCAGAGAUCACGCCGACUGUCAUCAGGGGUGGCGGCGUCGGUCUGGUCCUCGCGAGCGCAGGGUUCGGCAUGUUAACAGCGCCUCUCAUGGAGCUCCACAAUCAGAAGGGUUUCUUCCUGCAUCACGUGAUCCUCACCUGCUGCACGCUGCUCUGCAUCAUUUGCAUACCGUUGCUCCCGGAGACCGCCGGCCAACCGCUGCCCGAGACUAUUGCUGAGGGGGAGGGGCUACUGCGGCGGCCCAUCCUCCCUGGAGAGCAGCACCACCUCCUGGCCAGGACCGAGGUCAGGGAAUACUCACGCGUUCAGGACACGCCCCUUCACCAGGUCGUGAACCCCGGCAACGGCUCAGUGCCUAGCAACAGUACAGCCAAUGGCGUGAGGACUUCAUGACAGCAUUUUCUAAGAUCGGCCAAUUGAAGAACAGUGGGAACGAUAAGUUUCGAUUGUAAAGAACGAGCCUCAUUCAUUCGUUUUUAAAACCGCGGACUGAGACAGAUGUCCCGAUAAAAGUGUCAAACGCCUCAUUAACCAGCAUCGGUGAAGAUUAUUACCAUUGUAGGAACUGAAAAUGUUAUUUUAACUUGCAUUCAAUGAAAGGAGUUCUAUUUUUCGAACGGCCACUAAUUUAAUGUCUCCGAACAACAACCUCAUGGAGGAGUUUCACUGAUUUGAAUGUGUUUUUUGUAUGUUUGGUAAAUGUUUGGUAUUUAUUAAGGACAGAAUGACGACAGUAAGAACCGACGGGCCUCGUUCACGACACGAGUGAAGCAAAUUUAAGUAGUUGUAAUGCUUUCCAUUCGUAGGAAUGGUGGUCAAGCGCGACAGAAAUGAGUUUUGCUCACGUUUCGUGAAUGAAGCGCGUCGUGUUCGUGUGCACCUCACUAUGUUCAGGUUUUUUUAGUCUGUCUGUUUUGCACUAAAACUAGAAAAGCAAUCAUGAGUCGGCCAGAUGAAUCUGAACUGAAUGUGAAUGAAACCACAACUAGACAGAUGAUGGCUGUUUAAAAAAAUACAACAGCACAACUUAAUGGUCUGCUCUUAACAUGCAAACAUUCACAAACUCAAUAACCUUCAUCUGGUGAAACCUGUCAGGAAAGUGUCACGGGUCAUAUCGCACAACAAAAUCAAUAGAAAUACAUUAAAGACAAGAAAAAAAUUGGUGUACUUUUAAGAACAUUAAGAUUUUUCAUUACUUCAAUGAUAUUGUACUGGCUUUUGCUAAGUAAAAACAUAAAUGUAUUAAAGUAAUGAGAAUUUAAUGACAAUCAUCAAGAAUAAUAAAAUUAAGAAUAAUGCGCAGAUGCAUUAUGGUCAUUUCCUUUUGCAUUGUGCUAAUGAUAUUUAGGAGGAUAAUGUCACAAUGCUUAAAUAUUUUAAUGGUUGUAAAAACAACCAUUUUAUUUAUUUUACUUUUGAUUCUGGAGUGAAAUGAGACCCAGACACACUUUCAUGACAUUUACUCAAAUCAUAAAUGUGAACUCUGGUUGAUGUGGAGCAUGACCACUAGAAGGGCUGCUGAGUGUUUUCAUGUAUAUUAUUAUUAUUAUUAUUAUUAAUGUGUAGAAUAGCAGUGGAGUAACUUGAACAUCACAAAACUCCUGUUUAUCCUUAAACUACUGAAUAUAGAACCAAAUUAUGAAAAAACAAGUCUCCCGACCUUAUAGCAGGACAUUAAUGAAACAUUUCAAGGUUUUAAACUGUGACUGCAAGUAUUGUGUGUAUACAGGCUUCUGGGAUAUAUAUAUUUAUCUCUGAAUGUGAGUCGUGGUAUUUCACAUCCUAAUGGCAGGAGUAAUAGUGAGUAAUCAGAAACAAGCACAGGAUCAAUACUUACGUAUAUGCAUUUGGCUACUGUCCUGUAUAAGCUUCAGCACUCCACGAUACUGAUUAAAGCACAUUGGAAGAAAGAGCACAAACGAGUGAAUCUCACAAAAACAACAACAACAUGCCCAGGCCAUUUUUCACUCCAAAAAUCCAAAAGAAAUGACAAAGUAUAUUUUUCUUAAAGAGAAUGAAACCUAUUUUUAGGACCAAAAAUCUCUCAUUACUUUAAUGUGGGACAAAAUAUUAUUAAAAUUGUCAAGCACAAUUGUAAGGUAUACGUCACCAAAAAACUGCUUGAUUAUAAAUAAAAAAAUUAUUUUAUUUUUAAAAACAGACUAAAAUAACAGAUUUUUUUUUGGCUUGAAACAUGACCUGGACACACAUUAAUGAGAUUCACUCAAACAUGGAGUGCAUAAACAAAUUUGUGCAAGAGACUGAAACAUUUUCAAUUAGCGUAUUUUUCUGUAUUUGACUCAUUUUGACGAUUAAGAUUAGAAUUUCAUACAUGUUAAUAGUCCAUUUUAAGACACUGCACUUGUAAAUAAAUACCAUUUUUAAUACA